ACCAUCACUUGUGCGUUUAUAAAAGCUGGAAGCAUGACGCCAUUAUUUUUCAUCGGUUUUUUCUUGCUGGGCCUCUCGUCCCUGGCCACCUCCCUCAACUUCACUCAGGUCCUCGAGUGGCCCGAUGAAUUGGACUACGAGUGGCCGUCGGAAGCGAGCAGGACGCAGGCCUUGGAAGAUGUUACUUUCAAACCAGAAAAAAUGUACCCUCGUUACUUGGCUGUCUAUGGGACAAGGCUUUUCCUCAACCUUUUAAAAGAAAAUGGCAUUCCCGUGACUCUGGUUUCCUUGCUUACGACGUCCACUGCACCCCCGAAGCUCUCUCCUUUCCCUUCGUGGGACAUGCAUCUUAAUGGAACGGGAAACUGCAACAAGAUCCACCAGGCAGAAGGGCUGGAAAUGGACUCGGUUGGCAGGCUGUGGGUGCUCGAUCAGGGUAGUUCCGUUUCCAAUUGCAGUUCCAAGCUAUGGAUUUUCAACUUGAACAACAAUGAGACCGAACUCGUUCAUCCGAUUUCUUUUCACGGCUUGAUGAACGACUUGGUGAUCGACGAAACACCGGACGGGACCUUCGCCUACAUCUCGCGGUGGGGUGAAGAAAACGUUGUCGUUUUUAGUUUAGAAAGAAAUCAAUCUUGGAAGGUGGACACGCCAGGAAUCCUGGUUUCUUCCGUUGCUCUUUCCCCUAAAGUGGAACCGAGAAAGCUCUACCUUGGGAAGGAGAGCUCUAAUGAAGUUUAUUCAGUGUCCGUCACCGCACUCCGCAACGGAACUCGAACCGCGGAACUGGAACCAAUCGGAAACUGGGCUACAGAGGAUUCGUAUAGGAUGCUGAUGGACAACCACGGGAUCAUGUACGCCGCCUUUAUGGAUAAUAAUUUCAUUUCCUCUUGGAACACUUCCCAGCCAUUACAGGAGCAACGUUCUUAUCAGGUCGCUGGACUGAAAUCUGCAUCGCCGUUUACUUUUUCCUUGGACCAAAAUGGAACUCUUUGGAUGACGGUGUUUGAUGAAGAAAGAAGGCCAAGAUUCAGGCUUUUGAAGGCUGCAGUUGGAGAAAAAUCGGCUGGUGGGUUAUUUCCUCUGAAGUUAUAAUUGGGAAAUUUGUUACUAUGCACAAUAAAAUACACACGGCACCUGCGACCAACCCUGGGAGUGCACCUGGAUGCCCAGCUGCCAUGCAAAAGCUCUGCGACCUCGAAAACGAUUGUAGGCUCGAGUAAUGAUUUUAGUUGGGAUAUUAAAUGUUUUGAAGGGUACAAAUUUGUAAAUUUUUCUUUUUACCGAUUACCAGUACUGAACAUAACUAAUUUAUAAUUUGCAUUGCAACUGCCAAGUCGAGUAAUAAAAAUGGUUUGUUAAUAAAUAAAUAAAUAAUGGACUCAGCGUGUUUCAUGUCACGGAAGAGCACAAUAAUCCGCAAAAUAAAGACGUUGACACCAAUUUAAAUAAUGAUUGAGCCUCAG